AUGCUAGAUAUGGAGAAAAAUAUAGAUAAGAUAUCAGAAGAAGUAAUUUGUCGCCGAAAUCUUAUUACUAGAAAUUUACAGGAAGUAUUAGGGUUGGAAAAACUAAUGAAACAAUUGGAAUCGAGGAAAAAUAUUCAUAUUUAUUGGGGUACAGCAACUACAGGAAGACCUCAUGUAGGAUACUUUGUACCCAUGAGAAAAAUUGCUGAUUUUUUGUCUGCCGGCUUACAGGUAACGAUAUUGUUUGCCGAUUUGCAUGCAUUUUUAGAUAAUUUGAAGAGUUCAUGGGAUGUGUUGGAUAACCGUGUAAUAUAUUAUGAGAGAGUUAUUAAAGCACUGCUCACUGCUUUAAAUGUGCCACUGGAUAAACUUCAUUUUGUUCGAGGAACAUCAUUUCAAUUAACCAAGGAAUAUACUUCUGAUUUGCUUCGAUUAUGUAAUAUUGUAACAAGAAGAGAUGCUUUACGAGCUGGAGCUGAAGUAGUGAAACAAGUUGCCUCACCUUUACUAAGUGGUUUGCUUUAUCCAUUGCUGCAAGCUUUAGAUGAACAGUAUUUGAAAGUUGAUGGUCAGUUUGGUGGAGUAGAUCAAAGAAAAAUUUUCAUUCUUGCUGAAGAACAGCUUCCAAAACUUAAAUUAGGUAAACGAUUCCAUCUAAUGAACCCUAUGGUACCUGGUUUGCAAGGGUCAAAAAUGAGUAGUUCGGAGGAAAACUCAAAAAUCGAUCUCCUAGAUGCAGCUGAUAUUGUUCGAAGAAAGAUUGAUGGUGCCAUAUGUGAUCAUGAUUCUAAUGAAAACGGUAUAUUAGCCUUUUAUGAACAUGUUCUAUUUCCAAUUGUUUCACCAAAAACGAUAUGGGUGGAUAGAAAGGAGUUCGAAAAUUACGAGAAUUUGUACGCAGCACACAGUAUCGGACGAAUUUCAGAAAUGGGCUUGAAAGAGACUAUUAAGGAUUUCAUCUGUGAAUUAUUGGAAGUAGUUCAGAAAAACUGCAUGGAUGAUGAAAUGCUACUAACAAUAGAAAAAGGUUAUCCUAAACAUGCUAUUGAUUGUUAUUCAUCAGAUUCAGUUGAUCACCUGGAAGGUAUUGAUAUUUACUUGAAUGAAGCCGAAAAUCUCAGGCUUAAAGAAAUUGUCGGUGAUGCUGAGUUGGUCAGUGGUGAAAAGUGGCUGAGAAAACGUAUCAGAAACAAAAACACAUUACAUAUUGUUUACAUAAUAGCUCCGAAAGGCCGCUUUCAUUUGGGAUUUAUUAUUCCGUUUUUUAAAAUAAAGGAAAUUCAAAAGCUAGCCGAUGUUUCUUCUACAGUAAUUUUAGCUGAUGUUGAAGCGUUUCUUGAUAAUGAAAAAUGUCCAUGGAAUGUUCGUACAGCCCGUUGUGAUUAUUAUGUCUCAAUGUUGCAGCAUGUUUUUGACAUUUUGGACUUGAAAAAUGUAAAAAUUGUGAGAGGAUCAGAAUAUCAAUUAGAAUCUGAUUAUACAUUGGAUUUGUAUCAGAUGGCUUCCAAGGUUACUCGUGAUGAAGCCUCCAUCCUGAAUUGUGCUACACUGGGGUCGCUUUUACCACCAUUAUAUUUUACCAUUGAUCAAUACCAUUUAAAUGCAGAUAUCAUGAUAAUGGGAGAAGAUAUGCGUCCUUUUUCAACCUUCGCUGAACAGAUUUUGAAGCGUCAGGGACGACAGCCACGUGCCCAGUUAUUGCUACCAGUCCUACCAUCUAUGUCAGGUGAUAAGAUGUCAGCAUCAGAUCCUGAACUUCAUCUUGAUCCUUUAGAUACGUUCAAGAGCAUAAAGCAAAAAAUUGGACGUUCAUUCUGCGAACCUGGAAAUUUGAAAGGCAAUAUUGCUUACAAAUUAGCAAAGUACUUUAUAUUUCCACAUUUCGGACAAGAACUGGUAAUUGAACGCUCAGAUGAAAAUGGUGGAACAAUUAGUGUAAAUGGCGUUAGUGAAUUAGAAAAGAUAAUUCUAAAUGAGAGCUUGCAUCCAGCCGAUCUUAAAGCAGCAAUUGUUUCUAAGAUCAAUCAUUUUUGCAAUUCCAUUCGAAUACAUUUCGCUACACAAACGAAAUUGCUAUCUUCAGCAUUUCCAACGAAAAAAGGCGGGAAGAAAUAA